AUGAUAACUUUAAAGCCCAAUGCUGUUCGAACUUUCCGACAACUGCAGCAUUAUAGCAUCCGCAUUCACCGGUACCAAUCUACGAACUCAAAGAAGCCUUUGACGCCUUUGCAAGAGUAUGACAGGUUGGUAAAAUUAGGGAAGCUACGGGAUGAUACAUACCAGCGUGGUAUCAUUUCUUCCUUAGGGACUUUGUACGAUUCAUUGGUUAAAUAUGUACCCCCGGCUAUUAAGACGCCCAGUGCUGUUGACCAAGUUGGUGGUUGGUUGAACGGCCUCAAAUCUGUAUUUAGUCGUGGCAGAUCCAAGAACAUUGGAUCUUACGUGGACGUAUCCCAAAUUGGUAACUCUAUACCUCGAGGAAUUUAUUUGUAUGGAGAUGUUGGUUGUGGGAAGACAAUGUUGAUGGACCUUUUUUAUACUACAAUCCCCAAUCAUCUAACAAAAAGGAGAAUACAUUUCCACCAGUUCAUGCAGUAUGUCCAUAAAAGAUCGCAUGAAAUUGUUAAAGAGCAAAACUUAAAGGAAUUAGGCGAUGCAAAGGGUAAGGAGAUCGAUACGGUCCCUUUUUUGGCUGCAGAGAUAGCAAACAAUUCGCAUGUUCUCUGUUUUGAUGAAUUUCAAGUCACUGACGUGGCAGACGCAAUGAUACUGAGAAGGUUAAUGACUGCCUUGUUAUCUGAUGAUUAUGGUGUGGUACUCUUUGCGACCUCGAAUAGACAUCCGGAUGAAUUGUAUAUAAAUGGCGUGCAAAGGCAAUCGUUUAUUCCAUGCAUCGAGUUGAUAAAGUGUAGGACUAAAGUUAUAUUCCUUAAUUCACCAACAGAUUACCGUAAGAUUCCAAGACCGGUGUCGUCUGUUUACUACUUCCCGUCUAGUAGGGGUAUAAAAUACGCAUCAAAGGAAUGUAAAAUUCGUCGGGAAACUCAUAUCAAGGAAUGGUACAACUAUUUUGCACAAGCUUCCCAUACAGAUGAUUCCACAGAUUCUCACACAGUUCAUAAGACAUUUCAUGACUAUCCACUAACCAUUUGGGGCAGAGAGUUCAAGGUACCCAAGUGUACACCACCUCGUGUCGCCCAGUUUUCUUUCAAGCAAUUAUGCGGCGAGCCUCUGGCUGCAGGAGAUUACUUAACGUUAGCCAAGAAUUUUGAAGCUUUCAUAGUGACGGAUAUUCCGUAUUUAUCCAUUUAUGUUCGUGAUGAAGUGAGAAGGUUCAUUACAUUUUUAGACGCUGUGUAUGACAGUGGCGGAAAGCUGGCAACUACGGGUGCCGCAGAUUUUACUUCAUUGUUUGUGGAACCUGAACAGAUACUCAAUGAUUUUGAAUUACGUCCAGCAACCAAAGAAUCUGACACGGUUGAUACUGGUUUGGUAAAUGAAAUGGUCGAGAAACACGGCUUUUCGAAAGAGGUUGCCAAGAAAUCACAGAUGUUUGCUUUGGAUGAAGAAAGAUUCGCCUUCGCGCGUGCCUUAAGUAGACUGUCCCAGAUGAGCUCAACUGAUUGGGUAACUAAGCCUAGAUACUGA